AUGGACGAAUCGGAUGCGAAUCCCCAAAGGAGAGUGAGAACGAGCGGCACACGACCGCUGUGCACACAUGCAGCUAUAGCCUCGCUUACGCGGCCUCCUCGCGCCUUCGGCCCUGCGACUACCUCCUCUAUCACACCAUCCUUGCAUCUCUACAUGGCGUACGCGGCGCAGACACGCUCCGGAAAGCCCAAUGCGAGGAUGACGGGACGAUGCGACUUCAGCUCGCUCGCGUACCAUAUCGCAGGGAUAAACUGCAAGCUCGCCACACCGGAGCUGAAACUGGGGUCCUUCGAACCACGGGCAGAAGGAAGGCCGGAAACACUGCAUGUGAUCGAUCGCCCCUUGUUGUUAUUUCUUGGCACGACACAUAGGCACCAGCAAAUAACAGGUCGAAGAACGAGUCCAAGGGUCGGGGGAAGAAUGGCGCCGGUUCAGCGACGCCGCAGUUGGGAUCAAUCAUCCAUUGCUACCGGGCUGCACGGAAAUGAGGCAUUUUUGCCAUUGGCCGCUGAGCAGGAGGGCAGGAGGCACGUCCGAAGCAUGAGAGAGGGGGUUACAGAGGGACCGGGGGGACUAUCGCAUGUAUCACUUCAACGCGAGAAGGGAGUAGAGAGUGAAGGAGCAGUAAGAGGAGCGGAAGAAGGCGUAAGGGCAAAGAACACAUACGGCGUACGCCGUAUGUGGAAAGGAACCCUAGGCGGGUUCGAUGCUGCUGCCAAUGCCGCAGAGGCCUUCUUCGACCGGCGGCGAUCAAAUCGGGGUGAUGGACGGCUGGGAGGCGGCGAAGAGGCAGUGGGUCGGAGGGGACGAGGCGGCAGGGGCAGAGAAGAGAAGGAAAGGAGAUGGAUGAGAAAGGGAAAUAAGGAGGCAGAAGUGCGUGUGCGAGGGAGGCGGUCGAAGCAGCUUUAUAUAGUCGCGACAGAUGAUGUCGGAGCGUAG